AUGAUUAUGUGGGAAUUUACAUCUGGAAUUAUUCCAUUUAAUAAUGAAGCUUAUGAUUUACAACUUAGUUUAAAUAUUUAUAAAGGCAAACGUCCUGAAAUCAUUAAAGAUACUUCACAAUGUUAUGUAAAUUUAAUGAAAAGUUGUUGGAAUAUAAAUCCAUCUAAAAGACCAAUUGCAUUAGAUAUUAAGAAUAUUAUUAAAAAAUUCUCUUCGGAUACAUUUUUGGGAUCUGGAAAAGUUCUUGAAUUUUUCUUUAAAUUUAGAAUUAUGUUCGAAUCUGUGUCUAAGUCCAAAUAG